AUGGAGAGAAUUGGCAUCCAAGAGUUUUAUUCUGGUCGAUCAGUUUUCAUUACUGGAGCGACUGGUUUCAUGGGCAAAGUUCUGGUAGAAAAACUUCUACGAUCUUGCCCAGGAAUAGACCGCCUAUAUUUGCUGAUCAGACCAACUCCAGGUAAAGACAUGCUCCUCCGUCUCCAGGAAAUGAUCAACUGCAUGGUUUUUGAAUGGCUCAAGCAAAAUCAACCCGAUGCACUGAAAAAACUGAUUCCAAUCAACGGAGACGUGUCUCUGUCAGAUCUUGGCCUUUCACUUUCCGACAUGCAAGAACUCAGUGGCAAGUCUGUCGUUUUUCACUCGGCUGCCCGCCUCAAGUUUGAUGAUAAUCUGAGGAGUGCUAUCGACACUAACGUGAAAGGCACACAACGCGUUGCAAACAUUUGUGGGCAGUUUAAGGAACUCAUGGCUUUUGUUCACGUUUCCACCGCUUACACCAAUGUGGAGAAGAAAGAGAUAGCCGAAGAAAUUCACCCCGGAUCACUUGAUCCCGAAAAGCUAAUAGACUUGGCAGAUUCGAUGGACGAUCAACUCCUGACCAACAUCACUAAACAGUUAAUUGGAAAAUGCCCUAACGUGUAUGCUUACACCAAAGCUCUUGCCGAGCAAUUAUUACUUAAUCUCACUAAACGCGACGAAUACACACUUCCAAUAGUUGUUGUCCGACCUUCCAUCGUCACAGGUGCCAUGAAAGAGCCAUUGGCUGGCUGGAUUGAUAAUUUCAAUGGAUCUAGCGGUCUAGUAGCUGGAGUGGGCAAAGGAUUGAUUCACACUCUAAGAGCGGAUGAGAAGGUUAUAGCUGACGUAGUUCCUGUCGACAUUCCAAUCAAUUUGAUGAUAGCAGCAGCCUGGAACAGAGGGACGAGUGACAAAUCAACUGAGCCGAUAGCAAUAUACAAUUGCGUUUCCGGCUCUUUAAAUCCCAUCAGGUGGAGAGAGUUUAGACGUCUGGGCUUGCAGAAUAUUGCCAAAUUUCCUUUUAAAGAAAUUAUGAGAUGUCCCGGCGUUGAGCUACGUUUCAAUUGGAUAGUCUACCAAGUCGAAGUUGCCUUAUAUCAUCACUUACCAGCCAUCAUUACAGACUUGUUCGCACGCCUAUGUGGCAGGAAGCCGUUUUUGACUCGGCUGUACAAGAGAACUCACAGACUGAUGUCCUGUCUGGAAUUCUACAAUUUACGUGAAUGGAACUUUGCCAGUCGCAACCCAAUCCAGUUGAUUGACAAGAUGUCUUCCAAAGAUCAAGACGUUUUUAACUUUGACGUACGCAAAAUCGACUGGGAAACUUAUAUGGAAAGUUACGUCUGCGGGAUUCGGAUGUACCUGUUUAACGACGACCUUAGCUCUCUACCCGCCGCAACAAACACCUUCAAAAAGAUGAAACGUUUGAGGACAUUGACACGAUUGAUCAUCGUUGGGCUAACACUGUUGGUGUUUUACGUCCUCUGGUGCAACAAUUCGACGCAGGCUUCAUUUUCGUUGGAAUUUGAAAACAACGUAAGUAAUUCACCUGCCAGUCAACAUUUUGAAGAAAUGAAAGAAUUAGGUAACCUGGAACUGUGUAUGGAACGCCAGUUUUCGUUCAAGUGA